AAAUUGCUUUGUAAGAAAAUUCUGAGUUGAAAGUAUUUUUUAAUUUUCUUUGCAAUUACAUUUUAUCAACUAUUUUUAUUUAAUUAAGAAAAUAAUCCAAUGAUAUUGUAUGAUUUAACAUUAUAUUUUAUUAUUUCGAAUAUAAUUUUAUGCAAUAUAUUUUAUUAUAUAAUUUAAGAUGUGUUAGAAUGUAUAAACUUUUGUAUUAUUUAUCUUUAUUCUUGGUGCCAUCUACAUGGUGUGCUACACAAUUUGUUAAUAAUUAUAAUUCUUACCUGUCAGAUUUAACACCUAUCGUAUAUAAUGGAAAUUAUUCAACCCCUUAUUCUUAUGUUAUUAAUGAGACUUUAUCUUAUUUAUUUUUGUUUAAUUACACUGAGGACUUUGUUAUUAAACCCCCACGUGUAAUGGUGACACUUUUAGAGGAGAAUUAUGAACCAAUUGAUCCACUUAUAGUAGUUGUCAGGUAUCGGUCUGGUGUCUUGUCAUGGCAAUUACCUUACACUGAAAGAUCUCAAACUAUUAGUUAUAAUAGAGCAGCUCAUUUAUUAUGUCCUUCCAUGUAUACCCAUAAUAAUGAAAGCAAAAUAGUUGUUAGUUUAUCAACAAAUAGCCAUAAUAAUAUGACUUUUAUUUUAGAGUUACAAAAACAAAACAAUUUUAAUGUUGUACUAAAUCAAGAAGUUUCAUUUGAUAUUACACCUUCAGAACCUAUUUAUUAUUAUUAUAACUUUUUACAAAAUUCUUCUAUUGUACUUUUACAUGUUACUUCUGAAGAUAAUAAAUGCAUGACACUUUCAAUACAAAAUUAUACGUGUCCCGUUUAUGAUUCAUUAGAAACUGUUGGGUAUGAUGGUUUGAGACAAACUGUUAGUAAAAGUGGAGGCAUUAUAGUUUCAAAAGAUGAAUAUCCAUAUGGUCUAUUUAUUGUGUUUGUUGUACACAGUGAUGAUUCAGCUUGCAGCCAAGGAGACUCUAAUGCUUAUGACCCUCAAUUAGAUCGUUUUAGAGUUAAACAUGUCAGUUUUAUCAUUAAAACUACUGUCAACUUUAAUAACCAAAUUUUAGCUUGUUUAAUAGUUAUUUGUGUAUUUAUUCUCAUAUUUAUUUUCACUACUUGGUUUUACAAUGGUAAAAGAUAUUUAAAAUCAUUAAAUCCAGUGUUAGAAGAACCUACUACUAGCUCAAAUGUGGCAUCUGUGAUUGUGCAACCAGAUUGUAUAAGCUAUGAUUCAUCGGUAGAUGAAACUGAUGUUGAUAUUCUAAAAUCUCCUGAAUCUUGGAAAGAUUUGAUUAGGACAAAAAGUUGUCUGUAUGUCAGUGAUCUAGCCAAAAAAGAUUAUAGGAUUUUGCAAGCAAAGUCUAGAUUAUACUUAUGGAAUUUAAUAACAGUUGCUGUUUUUUAUUCAUUACCUGUGAUUCAAUUAGUUUUUACCUAUCAAAAGGUUUUAAAUCAAAAUGGCAAUCAAGACUUGUGUUAUUAUAAUUUUUUGUGUUCUCAUAGCCUAAUUUUAGGUCCUUGGAAAUUCAGUGAUUUUAAUCAUAUUUUUUCAAAUAUUGGAUAUGUAUUUUUUGGUCUUUUAUUUAUUUUAAUAACUUUCAAACGAGAGUACUCAUGUGUACCAAAUAAAAACCAGGGAAUACCAAACCAUUGUGGUUUGUAUUAUGCCAUGGGAUCUGCUCUAGCUAUGGAAGGUAUUAUGAGUGCAUGUUAUCAUGUGUGCCCUAAUCAUUCAAAUUUUCAAUUUGAUACUAGUUUUAUGUAUGUCAUAUGUAUGUUAAGUAUGAUUAAAAUUUAUCAAACUCGACAUCCAGAUAUCAAUGCUAACGCAUACAUGGUUUUUGGAGUUUUGGCUAUUGUUAUAAUACUCGGUUUAGCUGGUAUUAUGUAUGAAGGACCUAUACAAUUUAUUUUAUUUACAUGCUUGCAUUUAAUAUUAUGUUUUUGGUUGUCAGCACAAAUAUAUUACAUGGGCAGAUGGAAAUUAGAUAAAAAGACUCCUAAAAGAAUUUUCAAUCAUUUAUUGACAGCACCUAAUCCAUUUAAACCCAAAUAUCCAAACAGGAUGGUCUUAUUAAGUAUUGGUAAUUUAAUAAACCUUGGAUUAGCCAUUAGUCAUUGGUUUUUUCGUUUUGGAAAUUUUGGAAAUUAUCUUUUAACUUUAUUUAUGGUUAAUUUGAUUUUAUAUUUGUCAUUUUAUAUUGUUAUGAAAUUAAUAUCUAAUGAAAAAUUAUUAUUUUGGCCCAUGCUAUUUAUAUUACUUGCUAUGAUUUGUUGGUCUGCUUCGAUGUAUUUUUAUAUGCACAAAUCUAGCUCAUGGACUUUAAGUGCUGCAGAAUCAAGAACAUUUAAUACUCCUUGUACGUUUAUGGAUUUCUAUGAUAAUCAUGAUGUAUGGCAUUUUUUAUCAGCUGCUAGUUUAUUUUUAUCUUUUAUGGUGUUAUUAACUUUAGAUGAUGAUGUAUCUUUAAAACCGAGAUCCUCCAUACCAGUUUUUUAGCAAAAGUAUUAAAUAAUAAUUUUGAUUACUUGAACCAAUAAUUUAUUUUAUAAUAUGAUAUAUGAAGUAUUUCUUGUUGUUUUUGAUUACACGAUCAAUAAUAGUUAACAUAUUAUUAUUAUAUUUAAGUUGGUCAAAAAUGAAAAUGUUUUUAUG